AUGGGUCGCAGCCUCCCUGAACACGUCUCAGUCGAGCCCUUCUUUGCCCCCUGUGCCACCCCCGAGAUGGUGGUUAAGCUGGUCAGUCUUCUGGCCGUGUCCAUUGUGGUGGCAGUUAACUGCUGGAGUGUGAAACUGGCCUCCAACAUGCAGGUCACACUCACCUUCAUCAAAGUGUUCGCCCUCAUCCUCAUCAUUGUCCCUGGCAUCAUGGCGCUGGCCAGAGGAGAAGUUAAGAACUUCGACAAUGCCUUUGACUCUGAGACCUUAACACUGACCAAACUCCCACUGGCAUUCUACGCUGGACUCUACGCCUAUGGUGGAUGGUUUAAUUUGAACUGUGUCACAGAAGAGGUCAUCAAUCCCAACAGAAACAUCCCACUGUCGAUCGUUAUCUCCAUGGUAACAGUAACUGUGUGCUAUGUGCUGGUUAAUGUGUCAUACUACACGGUGAUGACCUCUGCUGAGCUACUGGCAUCGGAUGCCGUAGCUAUGAUGUUUGCCCACCGCACUCUGCAGAGCAUCGCAUCCAUCAUCCCCAUGCUGGUGGCCAUAUCCUGCCUGGGGUCCCUCAAUGGGAGUUUCUUUGCAGUAUCCAGGAUGCUGUUUGUGGGAGCCAGGGAAGGCCACUUCCCGGCUCUGCUCUCUAUGAUUCACAUCCGCAGAGAGACACCCCUGCCAGCGGUACUGAUGCUGUACCCUCUGGUGGUGGUGAUGUUGAUUAGAGGGAACCUCUUCCAGCUGGUCAACUAUGCCUCCUUCUCCCGCUGGCUCUUCAUUGCCAUGACAACCCUGGGAUUGCUCAUACACCGUUACAGGUUUCCCCUCCACUCCAGACCCUUCAAGGUGCCGGUAGCCAUUACUAUCAGCUUCACAGCAGUAUGUUUUUUCAUUGUGGGCCUGUCCCUGUACUCAGACCCCUGGAACACUGGGAGCAGCUGUGCAGUCACACUGUCAGGCGUGCCAGUGUACUACCUCACUGUGCACCAGCAGCGCCUACCUGUCCGCUGGAGAAAUGCUUUCCAAUCAUGCACCAAGCAUCUUCAGAUCCUAUUGGAGGUGAUCCAACAGGAGGUCAAAACAUACUGAAGCCCUCAGAGAUACUCAUCACAUCCACUUUCCUGUGGAAACCUUUAGCUCAAUGAUAAAAGUGACAUAAAAACUGUCGAUAUAGUACAUGACUUUAAUAGGUGACAGAAUAUAAUAUAAAAUCUGUAAUAGGCACUAGAAAUGCAAUGGUACACGGUAUAUUGUUGAACCAUUCAGUACGCCCCCUAUGGUUCAAUCCGCACAUGUGAACCGUGAUAUUGCGAUAUGCCUGUCAUUUUCCUAUAAUUUCCAAAACUUGCUUAUUGCCCUGUAGACUACAUGCACGUUGUACAUUCAGCUCCACAGCACAUGCGACAUCUCAUCCUCUGUGCUAAUUCCAACCUCCUGUUGCUCAGCGACUGGUCCAUGAUGCAAUCUUGAUGAUGCUGUUUGAAAUUACCCUGUAAAUUCCAAAUUCACCCUAACUGUUGUUGCAUGCGUUCACACAAAAUCAGCUUACAAAUGUUUUAAGAAGCUAUUUUUAUUAUUAUAAAAAAAUUGUUUACAUUUAGCUUAACAGUAUAAGAACUGCUUUAUUAGAUUAUCAAUGUAUAUUCGGCUCAAUAGAGGUUUGUUUUAUUGAUUAUAACCAUAUAUUUAGCUCAAUAAGAAUUGUUUACACAUCAACACGUUAUAUUGAUUAUAACCAUAUAUCCACCUAGAACCACCUUGUUCUCAUACUGUAGACUGAAACUAGGCCUUGUCAGUCAUGCUGCCAUUAUUCUGAGAGGAAAGCGAUUUGUUAUAUGGAAAAAUAAAGGGUUCAUUGUUUAAUUAA